GCCUCCACCCGCUUCGAAACACUCGCUGGUCCGCUUCGACAUUCUCAAUUAGUUUCAAUCUCGGUUGGCUCUCCUCUCAAGCUCAUCGUGUUUCCGCUCCUAUCCGACCGUUUCCACGCGAUCGCGAUUCGACACAAGUGUUUAAAGAGAGAGAAAAAAAGAAAAAAAAAAGAGAAAUCUCGUCCUCGCUAAGUGCUAAGAACGAGGUAAAAACUUCCCUGGUGAUCCAUCUUUCGUCGCCCGAAUCGAAGAUUUCAGAUAGGCUUCUUGAUCACUAUCAACAAGUUGGAAGAAUAAUUAUUUUCAACCAUUUUUGCUGAUGCUGUUCUUGUGUGCCAAGGUAGCCUCCUCUUAAAGAUGUAACAUCAACUAUUGAAAGGUGUAGCUUGUGAUCAGUGAUUGUUAAUUGUUGAACAAUUUUGUGCCAGUGCAAUUUUGAGAAACUUUGAAAAACAAAUCCCUUUCAAAGAAAGAAAGAAAGAAAGAAAAAAAAUUAGAACAUUUUGAAAGAAUCAGUGUUGAACAGUGGAGGGCUUGCCCGCCUAUUGGGAGGACUUAGCCGUGCAGCAUAGUGUAAAUGCAGCUGCAACGGCCAGCAUUUUUAUGAAUUACGACCUGGACAAACCGAGGAUGGUCUCGCACGUCAUUCCCGUCGCUGGGGAAUUACAGCAAGGUAAUGGAAAUCUGGGUGUCACGGGGCUGGGCGGGAUGCAGGAGUCGUCUCACUCGUUGAAGAUCAAGCAGGAGCCUUUUCAGGUGUCCCCGCCAUCGCCCCUUCCCCCCCUGCAUCAAGUGAGCAGCUUUGUAUCGGAGAUGCAAAAUGGCUGCAUCGGUGUCGCAUCGUCCAAGGAGCUGGACUCUUCCGUGAACCUGACCAGGGGCCUGGCGUCUCACCACACGUCUCUGACCCAUCAUCACUCUCAUCACAGCCUGCACAGCCCGAAUUCCGCUGUUUCCAUGCACUCGACGGGUUCCACUCAUCAUCACCUCGAUGAGAAGGGGUCGUCGCCGACCGGUGCCCUACACAGCACGACCAACAGCAAUCCAUCGACUCCGUCGACGCCUUCCACCCCUACGACGGUGGCGGACGGUUCCUCGACGGCGACGGUGACCGGAAAUGGGAAUGCAAGCAACGAUUCGGCCAGCAAGAAGCCGCCCUACAGUUACGUCGCUCUGAUCGCAAUGGCUAUACAGCACAGCGCUCAGAAGAGGGCGACUUUGAGCGAGAUAUACGCAUACAUUACCGCCCGAUUUCCGUACUUUCAGAAGAACAAAAAGGGUUGGCAAAAUUCCAUCAGGCAUAAUCUGUCGUUGAACGAGUGCUUCGUUAAAGUGCCGCGCGAUGGAGGUGGCGAGAGGAAAGGGAACUUUUGGACUCUCGACCCGCAAUACGUGGACAUGUUCGAGAAUGGUAACUAUAGGAGGCGCAGGCGCAUGAAGCGACCGUACAGGAACGCACCGUACAAACCUCUAUUCGGCGACCCUUUCACACCCACGCACGUCCACUUAGGCCCCAGGAACUUGUUCGGCCCCUCACCACCGUCCUACGCUCCGUCUACGUACACCAGAUACGACACCAGUGCAUGGAGCCUUCAACAGUCCCAGCUGCCCUACAGCCACUGUCCAUCACUUCAACCGCAAUUGCAACCGAUGCAGUCCAUGCAGAUACCUAACAUGAAUGGUUACAGUCAAUUGGGCACCUCAUUAACGUUUCAAGGCAAUUACUUGGAUGUUCCAGGUGGGACCACGAGUUCCUCGGGUUCGAUGACGAGCGGUUCUUUCGGCAGUAGUUUCGCAAGGAGGCACGAUGCAGCGAUGACGCAAGAAACGGUGCCUACCAGGUGCUAUUGGCCUGAAAUGGUGAACGUGAAAGAGGAGCCAGGGACUGUGGCAGUGUCCAGCACCAGCGUGGGCAGCGUGGGCGUCCCUUCGGGGAUGAUGGGCUCUACAACUCCGUCAGGGGUUUCCACGACCGGAUUCGCACCCAUGGAGUUCCAAUCGCGGUCCAAGUGCUUCAUGUGAAUCGAUUUGUCACCCGAGUUAUAAAAAACUGGGCAUCUCAUAAGAGUCUGAAAGGGAUCGUUUCCACGACGUUUCAAAUUGAAAUGAUCAUCUUUCACGAGUGUGGCUCUCGAUCGGAAAAGCGAAAUAUUCCAAAGUAUUUCUUUUCAUUGAUGAUGAAAUUCUAUGGGAAAACUGCUGGAACUGCUGGUCGCCUAGUAGUGAUACAUAAUUCCGGCCCGUAGAGGAGUGUGAAAGAUUUCUCUCUUCCACUUGAAAAAAAACGAUAAACACUGCAACCCUAUCCUCGUGCGUUUUCGACUGCUGCACAGUAUUCGAUUAUUUAAAACGAGAUAAGGGGCCGAUUCGUGCCUCGUGAAUUGGUUUCUCCGAGAAGAGAAGAGAAGAGAAAAGAUGGAUCUGCGAGGGACAAAUUUAGAGAUAACAAUUAACGAGUAGUUUGUAAGGCGUAUUCGCGAAAUAGGAAAGCACAUCGAAGAUGUUUCCUUUUAUAUAUAUAUAUAUAUAUAUUAUAUAAAUAACUAGUAAUUGUAGAAGAAAAAAGAUAAAUGUGUAUCUGAAUAUGUAGGUUGCAAUAGUGAGAAGAAGAAGAAGAAGAAGAAGAAAAAGAAAAAAAAACAAUUUCUCUGGAAGACUAUUCAUCAGUUGUACAUAUCUAAGCCUAAGUACUUAGUUUGAUUGACUAAUUGUGAGCUAUUCCAAAGACGAACGCACGUGGCAGCUCCUGUAAUUAGAUGGAAAAAUCAAAAAUAAAUCUCUAUUAUUUAUCGUCUAA